GUGUUCCUCGAUCACGAGGGGGGUCAACUAUUCCUCUCCUACCCCCCAAAGUGCCAACGAGACUGGCAUUUAUAAAGAAAAGUAGAAGUGCUGCACCUUUGCGCAGCGGCCGCCUUUAGCUGAACGGUCCCCUCUGAGUGCACAAAGGCAGCUGCUGGAGGAACUGUUCAGUGCGAGAGACGAGCCGAGCGCUGAGAGGCGUAAUAAACAACCCCCGGCUAGCUACAGACAGGGACGCGGACUCGAAGUCGCUCUCCGGCCCAAGCCCGUAGCUUUACUCCGUGAAACCGGAUUCCAUCGUCAGGUUAAGACUUAUACAGUGUUGUUGCAGGUGUUUGGGUAGAGGGAGAGCAGCAUGGUGAAGGCCAAAUCCGCUCCGAGGAAGACCUCUCAGCAACACACGAAGAGUUCCAGCAGGAUGGAGGUGGAGAUGGAGGAGAUCCCCCAGGACGAGCCCAAACCUGAGCCUGAGAGCCAUGUUACCAGAGACCAGUGCUGCCAGACAGACGAGCCACAGCCCAGCAGCCCUAACCCAAUGACUGACCUUAACCCAGGCCCUGACGCAGCCCCCAGGACACCGGGGUACUGCGUGGAGCCAGGUGACCCUCCUCUGUUGCAGCAGCAGCUCCAGACCUCCAAGUCUGGCAUCCAGCAGAUCACAGAGGUCUUCCGCUCAGGUACUGCCCAGCUGAAGCACAUGCUGCUGAAUGAGGUGGACACCAUCUUUGAGUGUAAGACAUGUCGCAGCUUGUUCCGGGGCCUGCCCAACCUCAUCACCCACAAAGAGUACUACUGCCUCACCAGACUGUCCAAGCCGGACGAUCCAGCGGGCGAGGGUGACAAGCAGAGCGGGGCCAUGAAGGACCUCCUGGAGGCCAUCUACCCCAGGAAGGACCGGCCGGACUACGUGAUGCGCCUGGAGCCAAUCCAGACCUCCAAUAACGCUGUGUUCCAGUUCAUGUCCUCAGAGGAGGAGCUGGCCCACUUCCCUCGGGCUCCACACACCCCUGGAGGGACCCACACACACAGCCCUGAGCCCUGGGGGGAGCAGGGAGGGACGCCGGAGAAUGGACAGACGGGAGAGGGGGAGGACAGGAGGAGGAGUGACCAGGAGGAGGAGGAGGGAGGAGAGGAGGCGGCGCAGCCCGAGGAGGAGGGGUCUACGAGCGGGGUGGAGGACGUUACCAUCUCGUGCUGCCUGUGUGGUAAGGACUUCAACUCUCGCCGCAGCAUCCGCCGCCACUGUCGCAAGAUGCACCAGACCAAGCUGGAGGAGCUCCGGAAGUUCACCGAGACGCGCACCGUUCCUAUCAGCCUCCUCUCCAUGGUCAAAGGUCGGUCCCGCCCCUUGCACACGCCCAGCGGCAAGUCCUGCCCCGUCUGCUUCAAGUCCUUCGCCACCAAGGCCAACGUGCGGCGCCAUUUUGACGAGGUGCACCGCGGCCUGCGCCGGGACACCAUCACGCCGGACAUCGCCACGCGCCCCGGCCAGCCGCUGUCCCUGGAGGCCACGCCUCCCCGCAAGAGCGCCAACUCCUCACCCACAAGAGGUCACACCCCAAAGAGCGGAGGAGCCGCGGCUGCUACCACCCCUCAGCCCCCCAAAAGCUCCACCGCGGCGCCCCCUGCCCCUUCUCUCCUGGCAUCGGCCCUGUACAACCUGGCCUCCUGCCGCUGUCUGCUCUGCAAGAGGAAGUACAGCUCCCAGGUCAUGUUAAAGAGACACAUGCGCAUCGUCCACAAGAUCUACAAUCUCAAGAACCUCAAGAACGUUAGCUCCGUCUCCAUGACCACGGCCGCAAAUACAUCCACGGCGACCAACAAAAACAACAGCAGCAAAACAGCGACCAACACUGACAGCACCCCUAGCAACAGAACCCCUAUCAACAGCCUGAGCGUGAAGGAGGAGGCGGUGGAACCCUGGGACGACCCUGACUCCAGCCCCGCCUCGACGCCAGGCGACACGGACGGGAGGGACACGGACAGGAAGGGCAUGGCCGUGGCAACCAAGGCAGGUCAAAAGAUCAAAGAGGAAGAGGGUGGCGGCAGCCCCAAGACAUGGACUCGUUCCACGUCCAUCAACAGCACCGGUGGUACUAGUAGCGGGACUCUUGGGAGACCCCCUCAGAAGCUCUCGGUGGGUUUCGACUUCAAGCAGCUGUUCUGCAAGCUGUGCAAACGUCAGUUCAGCUCGCGCCAGAACCUCACCAAGCACAUCGAGCUGCACACGGACGGCACGGACAUCUUCAUCAAGUUCUACCGCUGCCCGCUCUGCCGCUACGAGUCCCGGCGCAAGCGCGACGUCCUGCGCCACGUGACGGUGGUGCACAAGAAGUCGACGGGCUACCUGGCCAAGAUCGUGCCCAAGCUGGAGUCGCGUGCGGUCAAGCGGCCGGCUGAGGUGGUCCUCAACUCUGCCCCCAAUGCCAACAACAACAAGAGAGGAGGAACAACGGUCAAGGAGGAGGUGAACGGGUGCCACUCGGCUCCCUCUCCCCCUACGCCCCCAGUCACACGCAAACAGGAGCUCCUCAACAACUCCUCCUACCCAGUCACACGUAAACAGGACCUCCUCUCCUCCACCUCCUCCUCCACUCCGGUCACUCGCAACCAGGAGAGACAGGAGAGGCAGCAGGAGGCCCAAACCGGGUCACCUGUCUCCCGUAAGAACGACAAACAACUCCCCGACACCCCCGCCCCGACGCCCCUCAACACGCGUCGCCAUGACGCUCACCAGGAGAGCAGCAGUAGCACAGAGGUGCGUGUCACCAAGAACUUCUCGCUCCACGCGUGUGACGUGUGCGGCCGGGCCUUCGCCAAGAAACUCUACCUGGAGUCCCAUAAGAGGAGCCACCGGAACGCCACGCCACCGGUCAGCACGCCGCCCAGCGGCGCCAGGGCUAAGGGGGUCAGCACUCGGUCCAAGGCACUACUCUGAUCCCCAGUCUCGUCUCACUCCUGGUUCUUGGGAGCCUCCAUCCUGAGAGGAGAGACUUAACGGAUGAAAGAGCACCGCUAACGAUGAUGAAGAAAGUAGCUGGGCUGGGAAUGUGGUGCAAGCGAAACAGAGAGAGGGAGGAGAAGGGGUGAAAGAAGGAGAGACUUCACAUCUAAGGGACCAAAAGUAUUGUUGGAACCCCGCACUAGAAGGGAUGGGAGCCAACAUGAUGCCAGAGGAGUGGAGUCAGUGGACACUCAAGGAAUCAUCUGCAGAGGCACUGAUGCUAUCACACUGCUGUGUGUAGGUUACCAUCAUUGUAUGUACAUGUAGAUCUAUAUAUAUAUAAUAUAUAUAUAUAUAUAUAUAUAUAUAUAUACACACCUGAACCUGGUCUAGACUUGAGCCUGUAUAAACCUUAGGGGUGGGGAGAGAAGAGGGCAGGGUUGGGAGCGCUCUUAGCACACCAUAGAUAUCCCAUAUCUGACCAGUAGAGGGUGCUCCAGUUCUGCUUUAUAGGAUUAGACUUUAAGGUAGGGCUCUCCAACCCUGUUUCCGGAGAGCUACCCUCCUGUAUGUUUUCACGCCAAACCCAGUGGUGUCUUACCUGAUUCAUCUUAUCAACUAGCUAAUUAUUAGAAUCAGGUGUGCUAGAUUAGGGUUGGGGUGAAAAACCUACAGGACGGGUUGGAGAGACCUCCCCAUGUGUAUGCUGUGAAGUUGGCCCAGCCAGAGCCAGCAGUAGUGAUGUUAGUGGUUUAUUUCCCCAGCUCAUAGUAAGCUAUCAUCCACUGGGAAAGACUCCAUAUUAACUUCAUCCAGAUAGGCUUGAGUUUUUCUGGCAUUCCAAGAGAUAUAGUUUGGGUGAUUAUCUGACAAAGAAAGACCAGUAGAUAGCUGACCAGCGAUACUCUGGCACAUUGAAGAGACUGUGACCAUUUGAUUGAUUGAUUGAGUGGCUAUGGCUGUGUUUAAACAGGCAGCCCACUUCUGACUUUUUAUUUUCUCGCUAAUUGGACUUUUGACCAAUCAGAUCAGCUCUGAAAAAGCUCUGAUAGGCAAUUCUCAUGAAACUGUGAAAAAUGAAAAAAUGAAUUAAAGUGUAAUUUUUCACGGAAUUUCCUCUUGAAUCACUGAGAUUAGGAUCUGUGCUGUGAUCUUAUCUAUUUCAUAAUUACUCUACUUUUUUUAUCAGAUAUUAUGCAUUUUACUAGCCUUUUCACAAAACUCAUUACCGUAACAGUUUUCGAAGUCCCAAAAAGUGCUAUAUAUUUAUAAUAUUAUUUAAUAUUGCCCUAAUGACAAGAGUUAAACACUGAAAAUGUAAAUAUUUGAAAUGAAAUUGUUCAGUUAUAAAGUUAUAAAAUGAAAUUGUUCAGUUUUAAAGUUAUAAAAUGAAAUUGUUCAGUUAUAAAGUUAUAAAAUGAAAUUGUUCAGUUAUAAAAUGAAAUCAGACUUUCCAAUUUGAGCUCUUUAGCUGAUUCGGUAAUUACAGUAAUGGAACACGUCCUCAGACAGACACUGUGUUUGUAUGUAAUAAAUAUUAUAGUUUAAUGUAAACUUCAGCUACUAACCCAUUUUUAUGAUUUAUGGACAAAUGUAUGAUAUAUGUACAGCAACAUAUUUUGUGUUUUCUAAAGAAAACAUUUAUAAUCACCCGAGAAUUUAAUCCGGACGGACACAUUUCGGAAAUUAGAAUUUGGGGUGAAAAUGUACAAAAUUCAGGGAAAAUGUUACCUUCCCAAUAACUACAUAUCUUAGUCCUCAGAAUGAUAGUUAAUUUUUCCAGAUGCACCAUGGUUUUGUAGCUCAAUUUGCUACAGACUUUUAAAAAAAUGGUUUCAUGAAAAUCAUGAUGUGAAAAGAUCCGAUUGGUCAAGAAAACAAUUAGUGAGGGGGGGGGGGAAUCUGAAUUAUGUCUUGUUCAGUCAGAAAGCCAUGGCACAGUAGAAAAGAAACAGACCAAAUUGUAUUUUUCUAACGGAAAAGCUUGUUAAAAUAUCAUAUGGAUGGUAUAAACAAUAGAUAUAUUGGCAGAUGUAUAGGUGAUGUAUAGUUUUUGUUUCAAUCUCCCUGAAAAGUAGAUAUAUUGUAUAGCCUACUGUUGGUUGCAUAUGCUCCAGUAUCUCUGAAUAGUGAGAGAUUUUGUUUUCCUCUAUUUGUUCAAAGCACUGAAGAAUCUGUUACGUUCAGACUCUCACUCAUACGACUGUGUCAAAACCAGAUGAUGAAAUGACGUAGGGAGUUUUCUUUCUUUCUUUAAAGGAGAAGAUGUGUGUUUUUGGCGGCACAUCUGUGACCGAGCAGAAGGGAAAUGAAGUGAUUUUCCUUUUCAUGACUGACUUUCCUUACUGGUCCUCUACAUUCAGAUAUAAAAGAGUGGAGACAUUUUUCCAGGCCUACUAGCUGACCUGAAGCACCUCCGUAGGAUAAGGAGAAGCGUAGAUCAGUUAGGUUUUCUGUUGAAAAUAACGUAACCCAUUAAUCCAUCCGGAAGAAAUCAACUGUUACCCCAAUAAUAAACAGCCCAAAAGGAAAA